GAAAGAUGGAGUUGUACAUGGAGGAAAAGACAGCCAGUGGCAUUUGAAAAGAAAGAUCUGCUUUACAACCAGAGGCUCUCCUUUUACCAACCCCGGCAUUUAAGAGGGCUCAUCUCCUAAACAAACCCACUCAAACAGGCAGUUUCUCCUCAUCUCUGUGGCUCCCCGGGGGACUCUACAGGAACACUUGACGGCUCCCAAAUGAACGGCCUUUCCUCUCUGGCGCCAUGCAGCUGCAACAAAUCUUAUCUUGGGCCUUUUAUGAAACUGCUGAGUCACAACAUGACCUCCGCCUCCACGAAGGUGGGAGAGAUCUUUUCAGCAGCUGGUGCUGCCUUCACCAAGCUGGGUGAACUGACAAUGCAAUUGCAUCAAGUGGGAGAAAGUAGUCCAGCUGGUGCUCAGAUGAAGACGCCAGUGAAGAGGAAACUGUAUGAAAACAGUGGUGGCACGCCUCUGUCCCCUGAAUCUCAAAAGAAGAGUGCCAAAAAGGCCCCUCCACCAGCCAUGGCUGCUGUCCAAGCUCAACCCACCGUCAUUGCUGUACAGGCCCCCCAAGUUGUCCUGACAACGAGUGUUCGUGCAGCACCACCUACUGCCCCCACCAUAAAGAAACAGAAGACUGCAGAUGUCACCCUAAGUGCACUGAACGAUUCAGACGUCAACAGUGAUCUUGCCGACAUUGAAGGCCUUGGAGAGGGCUCCUCCAAAAAACUCAACUUUGAUCAGGAUACCCUCAAUCUUGACUCCAACCUGAUCAUGAACUCUACUGAUCUUCCGCUGUUGUCUCGAUAAGAUCCCCCCACCAUUUCAGUCCAGCCGACUUGCCAUUUUUGUUUGCUUUUUUCCCCUCCAUAAAGCAGAUGAAUGUUAUCCCGAUACAGUUCAGGGUAGCUGGCAAUUGUUCUUGCAGUUGCUUCCAUUGUCCACUUUGUUGUUGGCAGUGAUCACGUCAAAGCUGUUUAAGGGUAAUUUCACGUGAAAUCAGACACUUUGGGACCCGACCGACACAGAUUUCAAUCAUACUUGCUGUGCCUGUUUAGUAGCAAGGUAACACCCCAGAACUGCAUUUGUGUGAAUCUGACACCAAUAUUAAGGGAGAAACAGACUAGCAAAGGUUUACAUAUGAGGGUAGGACACUAUACAUUCAGCCUUGAUUAUAUGAGUCAGUGUAAGUCACAAAAAUGUGUCUGGGGUGUUGUUUGAAAGCUCUUUUCUGGCUCUACAAAUUACACACACAGCAUGUAAUACAACAACCUUCAGAAUAUGAAUUAUGAUACAUUGAAAAACUACAAAUUGAAUAUCAAAAAACCUUUAUUUUAAAAUGGGUAGUCUCUUGUCUAAACAUAGCCUGUAAGGUCAUACACAACACCUGAAAAUGGGGUGUUUGGUUCGUUAUUCAUUUCAGAGAUAAUGGGACAUAAAGGUUGAAAUGAGUUGUAAUGAAGUAGUAGUAGAAUAGUGUCAGGGACAGGACUGGACUGGCCAUCUGGCACAACAGGCAUUUUCUGGGUGGGCCCUGCACCCUCGUCGGUCCCUAUUCCAGGAACUCAAAAACUACACAGCUUCAGCCCAUUGUCAAUGGACACAGUGGAAGCGAGACCAUUUUCAGCAUUCAGAGAAGGCAGGGUUGAAAGAAUAAGCUCAGUAAAGGUAUUUUCUAAAUGUUCAAGCAUCAAAGGGUAUGUUGCAGCUGUAUAUGAUGGCAACUAGUGGCUAGCAUGUGUUGAGGAAUGUAUGCCGAGCACUGGAGAGGUGAAACUGAACUUCCUGCAUCCUCAUGGACCAUCUCCAUCCUUCACAUAUUCCGAUAGACAUGCUGUCAUGUGAUAUUACUAUGGUAUUACCAUAUUAUUACUAGGUGAUUUGUAUGAUGUCAUAUUUUUGAGUCCCAUUCUGAAUGAAUAAAGAACCAAACACCAGCAUUUCAGGUGUUGUUCAUGACAUUGCAGGCUAUGUUUAGACAAGGAACUGGCCAUUUUAAAAUACAAGUUUUUUUGUUAUUCAAUUUUUAAUUUUUCAAUUUAUGAUAAUUCAUAUUCUGAGGGUUGUUGUAUUCCAUGCUGUUUGUGUAAUUUGUAGAGCCAGAAAAGAGCUUUCAAAUAACACCACGGACAUCUUUCUGUGACUUACACUGACUGAUAUAAUCAAAGCUGAAUGCAUAGUGUCCUACCCUCAUAUGUAAACCUUUGCUAGUCCGUUUCUCCCUGGUGUCAGAUUCACACAAAUGCAGUUUUGGGGUGCUAACUUGCUACUAAACAGGCACAGCGAGUAUGAUUGAAAUCUGUGUCGGUCGGGACCCAAAGUGUCUGAUUUCACAUGAAAUGACCCUUAGAGAUAUCUUGCCAAUAGGACAUUAUUCAAAGUUUUGGAAUUUAUGAAGGGGUACUUACGAUACUGUAGUGUUUUUGGUUUGGAGAAGCUUUCUGUGGUCAUGUCACAGAGGUGGACAUUCUGGUUUGAGAGAAAUGGAAGUCAGACGGGUUGCAGCCAUUCGCACAUCCAUCUGAUCUCAAUGAACACAACUCUCCAGACAGGUACAGCAGGGCAGCUAAUUAGUGAGACUGUUUGUGUUGAGACAGGUUCAGGCAGAAAGAAACACAUUACAAGACUGUCAUCUCCAGAGGCGCUGAUAUCCAACACUGGGACUCUUUUUUGCUCCGGACAACAACAACCUGU